UUCAAUAAAAAUCAAAGAAAAUUAGUUCGAGCGGGGUCAAGUCUUGUUGCAUUAAAGAUGUUAUUCAAUUCAAAUAAUGCAAUUCAAGAAAUUCAAUCUGCCGUCAUCAAUAACCACUUUAACAGUUCAGUAUACGAUCUAAUUAGAAAUGGGAAUAUCUUCUAUCGAUAUUUAUGUGAUCACUUACUUGAUUUAACUAUUGGAUUACAACCUUUACAUGGUCGUCAAUACAUUCAUCGGAAUUUACAUAGUGGCAGCAUUUUGUGCGGUUUACAUUUAUUAAUAACAGACUUUGGACGAUGUAGAAAAACUACCGAAAUUAUGGAUGAUGAAGUGUUUGGCAUAAUACCAUAC